AUGGCCCCAAGCAAUAAUCAAUUAUUACUAGAAUUGUUGCAAGAGAAGUUAUUCAAUAAAUUCCCACCUACCAUAAAAAACCAAACUUUUUUUUACGCUGGGCAAUUAAAAGUUGCUGAUUUAAGCGAAAUUUUUCAAGUUCCUCUCGGACAAGUUAUUAAAUUUUUUUGGAAUCAAGGGAUAGCGGUCAACCAAAACCAAAACCUUUCGGCCGAAUUAAUUAAUUCUUAUUGUCAAAGCCACGGAAUAAAGAGCAUUCAACCAAAAGAACCAAUUUCCUUUAACGCCCUUAUUGAAGAGUAUUUACGCCAAAUCGACCAAAAAGAAAAUUUAGUUCCUCGUCCUCCUAUUGUAAGCGUGAUGGGGCAUAUUGACCAUGGCAAAACUACCCUUUUAGAUACUAUCCGAGGCAGUCAAGUUCAAAAAGAAGAAAAAGGGGGGAUUACCCAAAAAAUUAGCAUUUACCCAAUAAUUUUCUCCGGGCAGAAAAUAAUUUUUUGUGAUACCCCCGGACACAGCGACUUUAUUAAAAUGCGGCAACGUGGAGUUUCUUUAACCGACCUAGUAAUAUUAGUAAUUGAUGCUCGGGAUGGUAUAAUGCCCCAAACCAAGGAAAUCAUUAAUUAUCUUCACCAAUACCAGUUACCGGUAAUUGUUUUUUUUAACCAUAAAAAACCUGCUAAAACGAAUAACGAGGCCAAUUUAGCCAAAUUAAGGUCUCAACUACAAGAACAAGAUUUAACUCCGGCUAAUCCGCAAUUACCGGCUUACGGUUUAAUUAUUGAUAGCAAAAUAAGUUCGCAACUAGGAAAAGUAACUACUCUUUUGGUUCAAGGGGGUACUUUGCGGGAAAAAGAUUUGCUCUUCACUAAGGGAAAGUUAGGCAAAAUCAAAAGGAUGCUUGAUUUUCAAGGGAAAGGAAUUAACCAAGCUCUUCCUAGCGACCUGGCGCAAGUGAUUGGUUUGGAUUUUCUCGCCCAAGCCGGAGAAAAAUUUUUAACCGUUCGGGAAGAUAAAUGGAGUAAAAAGAUUAACGAACUACUAGCUGAUUAUCAAAAAGAAAGGGACCCGAUUGGUUCAGGCUCAUCGGCCCCGCCAAGUACUUUAUUAGAUUCAGAAACUGAAAAGCAAAAACCUCUUAACUUAAUAGUGGCCGCCGAUACCCAAGCCGCUUUGGAAGUCCUGGUUGAUUUAGUAACUAAAACUAAAAAUACGGAUGGUUCAGCCUUGCCAAUUAUAGCCCAUUCGGUAGGCAAUCUUCACGACCAAUUGCUUAACCUAGCGAAAAUUACUCGUAGUUAUUUACUUAUUUACAAUUUAAAAUUGAACCAAACAAUUCGCCAAAAACUUAAAGAAAACCAACUUAAAUGGUUCCAAAGUGAAAUUAUCUAUGAAAUAGAAGAAAAACUUACCGAAUUAAUUCAGCAAACUCGCGAAACAAAUCAAGUAGAAAAAGUUUUGGGUACCGCGGAAGUCAAGCAAGUAUUUUAUUUUUCUAAACUAGGUAAUAUUGCCGGCUGCCAGGUAAUUAAUGGCACCAUUGAACGCAAUAAUUUAAUUCAUGUUUUACGCCAGGGACGAAAAAUUUUCUCCGGAAAAAUUAAAAGUUUAGAAAGCGAAAAAUUUAAAGUUAACGAAGUAAGAAAAGGGCAAGAAUGCGGAAUAGUAGCGGCAAACUUUGACGAUUUCCAAGUAAAAGACCAAAUUAUUAGUUACCGGUGGGAGGAAGAAGAUCAAGAGGAAUUGCCGUUUUUUUCCGUGAGUUAUUGUGUGUUGAGUACCAAAGCCGAAAAUCUAAAAGUUUAUCUGGUUUUUGCCCACGCGGAAGACCAAAAUUUGCUGGAAGUUAUUAACCAAAUAAUCAAAGAAAAAAAACUUUCUCCUUACCGGGAACAAGACCUUAUUCGUUUAAUGAGUAAUUUAGAAGCGGAAAAUAUACUUGAACCCCAAGAAGUGCGCUUAUUACGGGCCGCCUUCAAUUUUGAUGAAGAGACUAUUGAAAAAUAUUUUAAACCUCGCAAAAAAGUAAUUUUCCUUUCAACCGAAAUGAGUUUUCCAGAAAUUCAGCAA